AGGAAAGACAACAGGGCCUACAUCUCCUUCUACAAUGCGCUGAUCAGGGAGAGUUAUGGAGAUCUGGCCAACCUCCUUCAUAGUGACCUUCCUCUCCUCAGCCCUGAGGGAGAGAGGAGCUUUGCUGAUGGAGUGUCUCCCUCUGUCCAGGUGAUUCUGAGUGAAGGUGGCGUGCCUCAGAGACCCGUGGUGUUUGUGAGCCGACCCGUUCUGCUCAACCUGAUCCGGGAGAAGCUGUACCGACUGCAGAAUACGCCGGGCUGGGUCACUGUGUUUGGCAUGGCUGGCUCAGGGAAGUCUGUGAUUUCUGCUGAGGCUGUCCGAGACCAUGCCCUCAUUAAGGAGAAACUUCUGGAGCUUCAGGCUCAUGACGAAGACAUUCUAUGCUGUGCCUUUUCUCCAGAUGACCGUUACAUUGCAACCUGCUCCAGUGACAGGAAGGUUAAGUUGUGGAGUGUUGAGCGAGGUACUCUUAUCAGAGAGUUUGGGGAGGAACACGAGGAGCAGAUAAACCACUGCCAGUUCACCAACACAGGCCGACGUGUCCUGCUGGCCACCUGCUCAAACGACAAAUUCACCAACACUAAGCUAUGGAACCCCAACAAGCCGACUUCUCAGAACACUAUGUUUGGACACAUGGAACCUGUCAAUCACUGUUGCUUUUCUCCUAACGAUGCCUACCUCGCCACUUCAUCCAGUGACGGCACCUUGAAGCUGUUUGAGGUGUCAUCUGCGAACGAGUGGAAAUCUAUUGAUGUCAAUAGUUUUUUCCCAGAGAGUGACGAUGAAAUAAAAGCCAUCGUGAAAUGCAGCACUUGGUCAGCCGGUGGCUCACGGAUCAUUUGUGCUGCCAGAAACGCUGUGUUUGUAAGUGAUUUUGUGAGUGGUGUUGUGAAAUGAGUUGGCAUCGCCACUCAAUA